UAUAUCAUUUCAAUUACGAAGGCAUUUGAUAGGUCAAUAAUAACAUAACCUUAGAAACAGAAGAAAAAUAAGAUUUUACACGUUACAUUUUUCGAUUAUUAUAUCAUUUUUAGAUAAUAUAUACACAAAUAUCAAUUAAAAAAUAAUAUUUCAUUACUCUUUGUCCUUGUAAUAAAUAAAUAAAUAAAAUUAAAAAAUGUUAAAUGUCGAAGAGAAAAAUGCAUGCGGUGAUUUCCAAGUUGAUCAACGCGUUGUAGAUGAGAAUAGGUUUCCUUGCACGACUGAAGAAGUUGAAAAGAAGCCAGAUGAAGAAAUAAGUCCAAUGUAUUUACCUCAACCAGGGGAUGAACUUCCAGUACAAGAUGAAGGACCAAUGGAUGCAACUACCCCAUGGGCAACAGGUCGAGUUACAUAUACUCCACAAGGUGGUAUAACAGGUCUACGACCUGUUGCCGAUCGUUAUUCUAUAACUCGAUUUGGUCCGAGCGAAUGGAGAGCACACAAUCUUACAUUUUUUCAGCAAUCGGACGAAAAUAUACAAAAAGCUCAACACGCUACUUUUGCCGCAAAACAAUGUAUCGAAAGAGUAUACAGAGAGGCUGAUAAAGUGCAAUUAGAAACAACGGAUCAUUUAAGGACACGAGCGAAUGUUGUCCAUCGAUGGAAAUUAGAAUUAGAUAACGCACUUCAAAGUAUUACCGAAGAAAUAAUAUUAUUAGAAGGGGAAAGACGUAGAGUAAAACAAUCUCUUUCGGUUAUAACUAUUCCCGAAUCUAUAGCCGGUGAAUUUUUACAAUUACGUGCUACUCGUCUCGAAUCGGAUCUCGUUAAAGAUAAUGUUGAAAAAGAGCUUACAAAGGAGGUAGCACUUUGCUCGGAAAUACGUGAUUUGCUUAACAGAACUCGUGAACAAAUAGAAAUGCAAUUAAUCGAGUUGAAGGCAGCUAAAGCGCGAAUGGAAAAUGAUUGGACUGAUAAAAUCGAUGCUUAUAAAAUUGAUACCAAUUGUUUUAAAUUAAAUAAUGAAUCACCUCUCAUAUUGUGGAAGCCCGGUGCUACAAGAUUUCCGGCCGAACAAUCAACACCUGCGAGUUACGAACAUUUUACACGAGAAGCAUUAUCCGCCGGUGAAACUGUGAGACAAAGAUCAAUGACUCUUCGAUCGACCUUAGAUAAUAUUUAUAAAAAAUCGCUAAAAGAUCUUCGCGAUCAGGCGAGUCGAGUGGAUAUCGCGUUAUCUGAACAAAUCAAUCUAACAGAAGGAAUAUGUCAGCAAUUAGAAAAAGAAUUGCAAAGGUGUUUACAGGAACUCGCGAAUACAGAAAAUUUAAUCGAAGAACUUCGAGGAUCCACAAAAGGUUUGGAUAAUGCAAUGAAAUUGGCACAAACACGUUUAUCGGAACGUCUGUUACGACGUAACGUUGAAAGUUGCCGCGAUGUUCCACAAUUCGCACUCGUAGAUGAAGUUAAAUCUCUGGGAGAACGGGUUACUGCCACUUUAGGCGAACUAAAAGGUGCCGAAGAUACCCAGGCUGGCUUAAUCAAAGCUAGAGGUGAUUUAGAACGAGAAAUAUUAGUUAAACGAAAAACUUUGUAUAUAGACAAACAACGUGGACAAUUACUUCGUUCGUUCUAUCCUUCAGCCGCAGCACUCUCAGGAUUUUAA